UAAAAGUCAGGAUAUCUCUUCCUCUGUUGCACAGAAUGUCACCUUUUUUUUGUAAAUAUGUCUCUUGUGAGUCCUUCAACUUUAUGAAAGUUAAAUACUAGUCGCUGGAUUAUCCCUUUUAACUUGGUAAAAAAAGAAAGAAACCUCACGAGGAGCAACAGAGGAGGGGUCCCUUUUUCUAGGAUGGACGGACAUGCAAUAGAUUAAUAGAUGCUGUAUAAGCAGAGUACACAGAAAUAAAUAUUAUUGAAAUAAUAAGAAAACAAUACAUACAAACAUAUGAAGCAUAUGGAUCAGAGAAGACAUUGAGCAAUUUAGGUGGGAAGAGGACAGACCAAACAAGCACACAAGAGGCAACGAUGCUGUUCUCACAUAGGUAGAAGAGGCAAGAGAUGUUAAGAGAGGAUUACAGUUACAGCAGUUACUUGCAGACAGCUAUUAAUGUGAGAAUGAUUAUACACAAGGAUGGAGUGUAGAUAGACAGCAGAGAGUAUGGUAAUUGUCUUUAUAUUUUUAAUAGUACACAGUAGAGAGAGACAGGAAAGGCAGGGGAGAUAGAGAGGGGAUGACAUGCAGCAAAGGGCCUGGGCAGGAUUCGAACCCAGCUUUGAUACAUGGUACGCGCUCUACUUGAUGAGCUACCAGGACGCCCCAGUAACUGUCUUUCUCGUACAGUACUUAAUGUUACUGAGCUUUGUGGAGUGAAGUUAAAUGUGAAGCUGAAAUCACUCUUCUUGGUACCUCUCCAAAAACAUCACUCCCAAUUAAUGCCAAAAGUGGCACCGUGCACUUUGGCCUUUCCAAAACGUUCCACAUUCCAAACUGAAUCUGGAAAUGUGCAAACACUUGCUGAGUGGCGAGUGAUAAUACUGGAUCAAAUGAUAUCGUAAUGCCAGAGUAAAUGUCAGCCAGCAGAAGAACAGAUGGAGGAUAAUGCAACAAACCAAUUAAUACAGACAGCAUCUUCAGAAAUAGAUUCACAAAUACUGCUAGCACAUGCCUGUCAUUUUGUGGAAUAGCAUAAAUGGAGUCCAGUAUGUGCUUUUUAUAAAUCCAAAAUGUGAUUCAUUUGAAACUUAGAGAGGUAUAAGCUAAUCUGUUUGCACCAGUCUAGUGGUCUUAAAUGUUUGUUACACUUCAUACUGGAUGAUAUGUCAACAUAGCUUGGCUAACUAAAUAAAAUGCAAGUUUAUUUUUAGUUUGCAGCAGUUGCACCUGCCUUACCUGUUCUUCUGCCAACUAUUGAUCUCCUCCAGUCAGUAAACUCAUGAGUAAAUCAUACACCAGCAGCAGCAGACACCAUAUUGUUAAACUCUUUAUUUUUAUUAGAAAACAUACAUGUCUGGCUCUAGGGACACUAGCUCUGCACAUAACCUGUGCACACUUUACUUCUGGUUAAUAUUGCCAGUUUGGGAAUGUAUCUUCGUCUGCUGUCUCGUGCAAUGAAAGUGAGCUGUUUUUAGUUUAGCAGCUAAAUAAAAAAUGUGUACUUUGCAUAUAAGAAGUGGGAUGUACACCUGAGAGCUUCUGCAGCCCCAAGGUUGGUUUCCAGUUGCCCCUGUUAUGCAAAUCCCAUAAUUCACUCCAGGACUGAAUACAAAAUGUGCACUCAUCCUACAGAUACAAUCUACAGAAAAAACAUGUUCUCUAUUUGAAGUGUUUAUUUCAGAGACAUUUUCAUAGAGGGAAAAUAAGAGCUUAUGGUAGAUUUCUGACAUGAGAGGUGACAAACAGGAGGCAGCAGGCUCACUGAAAUCCACACACUGAUUAACUUUAAAAGACAGGAUAGUUGAUAUUUCACUCCUGUUGUUUCAAGGUGAGGCAAUUUAUCUUUUAAACGGCAACAGCGAUCCUGUUGAAGUGAAACUCCUCUGCUAACAAAGGCAUGAGUUACUGUGCAUUCAUAGUGAGCUCGUAACGGGUGAAAGUCCACAUACGCAGUCCUCAUUAAGGGAUCCGUCAGGAAAUGUGUGACGACCUGAAAUUCUCUCUUAAAAGAUUAGCUUCAGAAAGACGCUCAUACUUUGACACAAAACUUUGACUGCAGAAGCAAAGGUGUGGCAGUAAAAUGAGAUGUUGUCUCAGCUGAGUGAGCUGAUAUGGGCGGACUGGAUUUGGUUUCCCGAAGGCCACGGCUGGGCAGACCUGAAGGACCAUGAUGGCCAAGUCUUCCCUAAACCACGGGACCUCUGGGCUACUGUACCCAUCGCUCUGUGCUUCCUGGUCAUCAGACAGAUAUUCGAAAGGACGGUAGCAAUUCCUCUUGCCUCCCUGCUGGGAGUGAGUGACAAGCAAUGUGUUCGUGCUCCUCAUAAUCCCGUCCUUGAGUCUUAUUUCUGCAGCACAUCAAAGCAUCCCACACAGAGCUCCAUAGAGAGUUUAAGUAAACAGGCAGGCUGUUCAGUGCGACAGGUCCAGAGGUGGUUCAGGCGGCGGAGAAACCAGGACCGGCCCAGCAAGCUCAAAAAAUUUCGGGAAGCGAGUUGGAGAUUUACCUUUUACCUUCUUGCUUUCUUUGCUGGCCUGGCAACCCUUAUUGACAAACCAUGGUUCUAUGAUAUGAAGCAGAUGUGGGAUGGCUUCCCGAAAAUGCCACUGUUGCCUUCACAAUACUGGUACUACAUGAUCGAACUAGGCUUCUAUGUCUCACUGCUUUUUAGCGUAGCAUCGGAUGUCAAACGCAAGGAUUUUAAAGAGCAGAUAGUUCACCACGUAGCCACCAUUGUCCUCAUCAGUUUCUCCUGGGUGGUCAACUACAUCAGGGGAGGGACUUUGAUCAUGUUAGUGCAUGAUGCAUCCGACUAUCUAAUGGAGUCAGCCAAAAUGUUCAACUACGCAGGUUGGAGGAGAACCUGCAACCUCAUCUUCAUCGUGUUUGCUGCAGUUUUCAUCGUCACCCGCCUCGUAAUCCUCCCCUUCUGGAUCAUAUACACGACGUGGGUGUACCCCCUGACUCUCUACCCCCCGUUCUUCGGCUUCUACUUCUUCAACGGCCUAAUGCUUGUGCUGCAGGCUCUGCACAUCUUCUGGGCCGGGCUCAUCUUGCGCAUGGUCGUCAAAUUCCUGCCAGGCAAUGAAAUUGUCGAGGACGAGCGGAGCGACAAAGAGGAGACCGAGUCGGAAGAUGAAGGGGACGAUCGCGGGCAGAGGGAAAACUUUAAAAACGGCCACGUGCAGAAUGGCCACACUAUCCUCAACAACAACCACAGUAAGAAAGACUGAUUGGACUGUGAGAGCCGGGGACGAGGCUGUGUGAGGAGUAACGAUCGGCCCUCACAUGUGGCCCUCACCUGAAAGCCAAAGAAUGGGAGCGUGGCAUGUUGAAAGGAGCAGCAGGCAACACACACACAUAUAUACACACUGAUAUCUAUACCUUCCUUUCUGAAACCCCGGUAGUCCAAUGUGGAAAAUUUCCCUUCGCUGAGGAUUACGUUAAAUUAAAUGGAGAGGAAGACUGCGAUUGAGAACAACAAUGAUCUGCUUAGCACCUAAGCAGCAGCGUGGUUUUCUCGUUCCACACACCUUCUCCUCUUUUCUCUCCCAUCUAGUUUCUUUUGCUAUUUACCAAGAUUUGGUGCUGUUGAUCAAGUUGUCACAUGCCGAAUCUGCCUGCUUGCAGCCUUAUGUUUUGUUGCUAGAAGUGUUUUAAAGACAUGCUGUGGUUAGGGCGGGCAUUCCCUUCCUGCGCAGUUAGUUAAAACUCUUCUAAGUAUUACUGCCCUUAAACUUGACUGAUUUUUGCUCUAAAUAACCCCAGUAGAGUCAGUGACAUUACAAGAAGCACUAAGGUGAAUGACCAUAACCUUUCUAUGGACCAUAACCUGAUUUAAGUUGAUUUACUUAAGUCCAGAGUAUCAGUUAAUAAUGAAGUUGUGCAAGUUAGUUGUUGCAGCUGCCAUUUUGUCACUUUGGUUCUUGCCAAUGGUUUUGCUAAAAUAUAUUUGUUCCAAAAAUGUUUAAAACUAAAAUAAUUAGAGGUAAAUAAUAUUUUUUAACAGUCUGAAAAAGUGCGAGAAGGUGCUACAUCUGCCUUUUGAAACGUGCCUUUGUGGAAGUUUGUCUUAAAUGUUUUGCCUUUUGAGAAGCAGAAUGCACAGAUAUAAUUUUAAAUGUUUGUUUUGUUUAUGUUUAAUAUCUUUUUAGUUGUAUGAUUUUUAUUUUUGCUUUAUGUUUUAUUUGAUUUCACUCCAGGCAAUGGUUUAAAUUUUGGAGCAAUUUGUUUGAGUGCAACCCAAACCAUUCAGUAACUGUUCAUUAAUUCUUUAUGGGCUGGUAGAGUCAAUAGCAUUUCCGUUCAGUGUUGUUUUUCCCAUCCAUCCAAAGAUGCACUUUAUGGUUUCUUCUAUGGAUCAGCACUGACUAAAUAUCUAACCAAGCUUAGUAAUAGUGUUUGAAUUGAGACCUGACUUCGUUUUAGUUUAGAGAGGUUUGGAGUAUGAUUUAAAUUUUGUUUCAUAUUUAUUCUUAUUGUUAUCUACCCAAGACCUCCCUCUUUGUCAGUGUUUUGGUUUAUUUUGUAAAGAGAAAAAAAAGAUGCGUCUAAUGAAAUCAUAAGUAAAGAGGUUAAAAUGAAACACCAAAAUAUGGUUUACAUUUUGUAUUACCUUGUCAUUUGCAAGUGCCUUCAUCAUUUCAAGUGUUAAUUGUAAAAAAAAACAAACAGUCCCUUUGUCUUUAUUUCUGCUGUCUCUGUGCCCCAACACAUCCAACACUCACGCACUGUAACACUCUGGGUCUCUAACUUUCCUGUAUGCCUCGGCUCACAACGACCAACCACCUGCUGCUCCCUCUAACGAGCUUCGCUUCUACAGAGAGUGUUUUUAUUCUGCAUAAUGUGUUGCUGAGAUGUAAAAUCAUAAUGAUGAAGAUGAUAAAGAUAUUUGUGGAUAACUA